AGGAAAAAAAGAGCUUGUUACUGGAUGUCAACAUGAAAACAGGAAUUUACCUACUUCUCUUAAGCGAAAUAUGUGUGGAAACCAUCAAGGCUAGCAUCAAACCUAAAAUUCCAAGGAAGGACAAAGAGAAUAAUUUCUUGCAAAUAAAUAAAAACGUUAAUAUUUCUGAAGAAUGGCAUCAUCAUAAAAAUAUCUCUAAACCUUUUGAAGACCAAGGUCUUGAAGACUUCACUCUUUACAACUACACUGAAAAGACUGCAAAUUUUGGAUUUAACCUCUACAGAAAAAUUGCUAUGACACAUGAUAACAACGUAAUCUUCUCUCCCCUUUCUGUGUCAGCUCUCAUGACCACAUAUAUGCUGGCAGCUAAAGGGGAAACAUACAGACAAAUAGUAAAAAGUCUAAACCUCCAUGCCUUCAAGGACAGAGUAGAUGACCAUCAUUUACCAGCUUUGUUUAAACAACUGAAAGAUAACAUUACAAUGAAUGAAGAACUUCUCCUUGUGGAAGGUACUCUUUCUUUCAUCCAAAAAGACUUCAAACUCAAGGAAUCUUUCCUCAAUUUAUCAAAAGAGUACUUUGAUAUGGAAUUUCUGAGAGUGGACUUUCAAAACUCUACACAGGCAAAGUCUGUCAUAAAUCAAAACAUUAACAAAAGGACUAAAGGAAAAAUCUCAGAGCUUUUUGAAGAGCUUGACCGCCAUAAUAAACUGCUGCUUGUGGACUACAUUAUCUUUAAAGGCAAAUGGGUUUAUCCUUUUAACCCCAAAUUCACAGAAAUGGAGACUUUCCACAUAAACAAGUACAGAAGCGUACAGGUACCCAUGAUGUUCAAGUCAGAUAAAGUUAAUUCAACUUUUGAUGAGAAUUUAAGAUGCACUGUGAUAAAGCUACCCUACAAAGGGAAAGCCCACAUGCUAGUUGUCAUCCCAGAAAAGGAGGGAGAUUACAUUUCACUUGAAGACCAUUUGACUAUGGAGCUUGUGGAAUCCUGGCUUGGAAACAUGAAAACCAGAAAAGUGGACAUUUCAUUUCCAAAGUUCAAACUAGAGCAAAAAUACAAAAUGAAGAAAUUGCUUCAUGCUCUUGGAAUGAAAAAACUCUUUACACAUACAGCAGAUCUUAGUCAUCUCACAGAGCAAGGAUACGUCGCAGUUUCACAGGUUGUCCAAAAGGCAGUAAUUGAAGUGGAUGAAGAAGGAACUGAGGCUGCAGCAGCAAGUGGGUCAGAAAUAACUGCAUUCACAGUGCCUCCCAUCAUCAAAGCAGACCGACCAUUCCUUUUUAUGAUCUUUGAAGAAACUUUUAAAACAUUACUGUUCAUUGGCAGGGUGGUUGAUCCAACAGAAAUGUGAACAAAGUUAACACUGUCUAUCCUGUGUCUUGUAAAAUCUACCAUGCAAAUUAAAAGAAAAAAAAA